AUGAAGGUUAUCAUCACUGGCGCAACUGGCGCAAUUGGUGGCGUGAUCCUGCAGCACGUCCUGCGCCGUAACGACAUCACCAAAGUCAUCGCAUUGACGCGAAGAGCACUCCCCGACACCAACACCCCUAAUGCGAAACUGGAAAACAUCAUCAUCGAAGACUUCGGCGCCUUGGAAAACGUGCAGGACGAAACAUGGGAAAAGAUCCAGGACGCCGACGCAAUGAUCUGGGCAAUGGGCACUUAUGAUCUGAACGAGGACGUCAAUGUGAAAUACCCCCUAGCUUUCCAAGAACAUUUCGCGAAGAGAUUACUUGCAUCGUCGUCGCAGGAAGGGAAGAAAGACAAGUUCAAAUUCAUUCUUCUCUCAGGCGCAUUCGUGGAACCCGAUCAGUCACGCAGACUAUUCUUUCUGUGGGACCAACGCAGGAUGAAAGGCGUGCUUCAGACAAAGACAAUUGAGUUUGCGGAAGGGCAUCGUGAGGUUUGGGAGGCCUUUGUUAUCAGGCCUGGGGGAGUACUCUAUGGUGGUAACACGCUUCUGAACAAGACGGCAGAAUGUGUGUUCGGAAGUCUUGCCAUACGAGGCGAAGAGUUGGGCGCGUUUGUGGCGGACUUGGUGGUGCAUGGGUCGCAACAAUGUCUCAUCGAGAACCCCGAGAUGGUGGAAAGAGGAAGGAAGCUACUUGUCGAGGCUUUGUGA